AUGGCUCCUAUCCACAUCGGCUCCUUGGUCUACAACUACCAAGUCCUUGACGUGCUCGGCCCCUUCGAUCUGCUCGGAUCGGGAGGUAAACACAUCCUGAAUGCAGUGGCCUACUAUACCAACAUUGACAAGAAUAUCCUCAACCGCGCCCCGGAGUUCGUCUUCCACCACAUCGGAGAAACACUUGAUCCAGUGCCACUCCUCACGAGCUCGGUCAUUAUCAAACCCACUGACACGAUCGACAGCUGCCCCGAGCUGGACUACUUGCUCGUCGGCGGGCCCGACGUCAAGGACUUCGAAUUGUCGCCCAGAUACGCGGAUUUCAUCCGCCGACAUGUAGCAGCGGGCAAAACGGUUUUUACCACCUGCACUGGCGCCGGGGUCCUUGCCUCGACGGGCGUUUUAAAUGGGAAGAAUGCCACCAUCAACAACCUGGAGUAUGACUGGGUAGCCAAGAAGUAUCCCAAGGUCAAAUGGACCAAGGCCCGAAAAUGGGUUGUGGAUGGUAACAUCUGGACUGGUGGUGGCGCGGUUGCGGGCAUGGAUAUGUUUGCGCAUUGGUUUAAGGAGAAUUUUGGUCUGGAUAUGCUCAUUCAGGGUGCCAAAGGGCUGGACUAUGAGCCGAGAGAUAGUGAUGGGUUAUUCAAGGUGUUUCCUCAGCGGUAUGAUGAGGAUGGGAACCAGCUUCCUACACUUGUGUUGCCCUAG